AUGAGGAUCGCACUUGAGGUGAAAAACAAGUGGAGUAUAGUUGACGGCUCAAUCAUCGCACCGACGAACAGUCAGCCGGAGUUUCCCGUAUGGAGAAGUUGCAAUUUGAUGGUGUGUUCAUGGAUCUUCAAGGCACUUCAUCCAUCAAUUGUGCAAAGCAUCAUGCAUAUGGAUAAGGCGAAAGAUGUUUGGGAAGAUCUACUAAGAAGAUUCUCCCAACGCGAUCCUCAUCGCAUAUCCGCUCUGCAAAGUCAGAUUUAUACGCUGAGACAAGGAAACAUGUGCAUCAACGAAUAUUAUACAAAGUGUAAAACUCUUUGGGAAGAAAUGAAUGAUCUGAGACCUCUUACUAUAUGCAAGUGUAAUCCAAGCUGUGAAUGUGAUUUCAUCGACACAAUAAGAGAAGAACGCCAAGUGGAUCAGGUGAUAAGAUUUCUUCAAGGGCUGAGUGAUGAGUAUAGCAGUCUGAGAUCAAGAGUCCUUGUGAUGGAUCCAUUGCCGGAAGUUUACAAAGUGUUCGUCAUGGCAGAAAAACUUGAGAGGCAACUAAAUUUGGAGAAAUUGAAUCUAAAUAGCCUGGAGACAAGGCAUAGUAUAGAGAAGUGUUACAAAAAACACGGAUAUCCACCCGGUUGGAUACCGGGCUACAAAUCCAAGAACAAACAAAACACCUUUGCAGCAGCAGUAGACACUGGUAGCACAACAAAUGUUGACAGUAUGGCAAACCUGGGAAUUACUGCUGAACAGAUGCAAAAAUUCAUCGCUCUCUUUCAGUUUCAAAUUACACAGUGA